AUGACAUUUAAUAUCCAUUCACUUCUUCAUUUGGGCGAAUCAGUGAGAAGAAGUGGGCCAUUAUGGGGAACAUCCGCAUUUCCUUUUGAAAAUGGGAUCUUUUAUGAUAAAUUGAAUGUCAACGGACCAAAAAGUGUCAGUCUUCAAAUGAGCCGCAAACGGUUGAAAAAAAUUCGACUACGUUCCAAGAUCAACGCUUCAACAACUUCUAAUGAAUGUGCGAAUUACUGUCACAAACUAUUUGAGCCUGAAGAAAAGCUAAGAAAUUGUGUUGAACUUCCUAAUAAUAUUAGACUUAUUGGAGAAAAGCUGAAGACGUCACAAGCACGCUUUGAAAUGGAAGGCAGGACUAGUCAAAGUACCACAAAUGACAAAACUGAAGAAUUAAAUGAUACUUCAAAAGAUGAUCCACUCAUGCAUUGCCUCAGUGAUUCGACACCGGAAGAAUUAAUAAGCGCUGGGAAUAAUGCAAACAAAAAAGCUAAAAUUGCAAAAAAGAAUAAGAAGGAGAAGAAAAAGAAUGACAAUGAUUCAAUAGACAAUGAAAAAAGAUUUACAGAAAUUGCAGGUAUUUCAAAAGAAAGGGAAAGAAUGAAAAAAGGUUCUGAUUUUUCAUCUGAUUCAAUUACAAAAAGACUAACAGAUAUAACAAAUAUAAUGAAUAAAAGUUUUGCUGACAUUAAAAAAACAGUAGCUCAGAUAGAGAGUAAAUAUAGUUCUGAACUUAAGGAAUUAAGAGGCUUAGUUCAAAUUUUGAUAGAUAAUUGGAAUGAAUUUAAAAGUAUGCCGUCUACUUCAUCGUCUCAAGCUUUAGAAGAAAGGACUGGUUUUCCUGAAUCUAGGUUUGUUCAACGAAGCGAUAAUUCUAUACAUCUAGGAGAAGGGGUUUACAUCUCUAAGAAAACGUAUGAUUCAAUUGCGUCCGAUGCUACUUCCAAUGCUGUUUUUGUGAAAAAAAUUAUAAUGACCCAGUAUACUCCCGAAGAAAUAAUAACUUAUAGUGUUAAAGGUGGAAAAUCUAAUAAAAUUAAAAUGACGUCUCGCAAACCUGGACUUGAUCCAACGAUCAGAUUAGCCGUGAAAGGAAUUUUCCGAUAUUAUUUAAGUACCCGUUAUACAGAUGAAGCUUAUAUUAACGCCGAAGUUGAUAAAUGCGAUGACCAUAUCCGCAGAAAAAUAUCUGAUUUGAGAAAAAAAGCGAGACCAGCAAAGGUACCCAAAAGGAAAAAAUCCUCGUCUAGUGAUGACCCAUCUGGCUCUAGUAGUAGCGAUUCAGACGACGCGGAACCAAAGAAAAAAUCUCGUAACCGAAACGUUUCGUCUGGUUCAGAUGAUUCAGAGAAGGCUGAACCAAGGAAAAAAUCUCGUAAAAGUAACGCAUCGUCUAGUUCAAAUGAUUCAGAUAACUCUUCUGAUUAUUCACGUGAAACUACCUCACAAUUAGAUGAUAAACUCGAUUCCAAAGAAAACGAACCUUUGGGAGAUGAAUAAUACAUUUGAUUUAAGAUUUCUCUUAUAUAAUAUCGUUCUUAAUAAUCUUUUAUGUUUCUUUAAUAUUCCUUAUAUAUUUUUUUUCAUUUACUAAUAUUGAAAUUAGUUCUGUCAGAAUCAAAAAAUUAAAAUUAUUCUGUUGCAUUAACACCUUAUACUGUUUAAGCACAUUUUAAGCUUCAAAUUUUUAUUUAUUAUUCCGAAUUACUAAUUUAU